GUGGAUUAUUGGGGGCGAAGAGCUGAAGCUACUCCUCAUCGUGUGGCGCGUGCGUGCAGGACUCCUUCGACGAGUACCUCCAGGACCGCGCGCGCGUGUUCCGCGCCAUGUUCCCCGACGAGAUCAGGAGCGAGCGGCUCGGCGAUGGGGAGUGGCGGAUCCAGAUGCUGCCGCUGCAGUUCCUCCUCCUCACCGUGCGGCACCGCGACGGUGGGCUCGAGCUCCGAAUCACUGAGUGGGAGCUGAGGGGGCUGGACAACGGCUACGCGCCCUUGAGCUUCGACCUCGGCGUGAGCGGGUCGCUGUACGCGGACCGGAGCCGCGGCCGCGCCGCCGCCGGGUGCCGGAUGAAGGGCCACCUCGAGAUCACCAUCACCGUCGUCCUGCUGCCGCCCCUGCGCCUCGUGCCGGAGAGCGUCCUACGCGGCGUCGCUGAAUCGGUUCUGUCGAGGAUGGCGGAGAAGAUGAAGCGCGACGUGGACGUCGGCCUCAUCGCCGACUUUCGGAGGUUCCACCGGGAGAAGGCGGCGGCGUCCGGGGCCAGGCCAACGCUGGACGCGACGGUACCAGCAAGAGACGAAGCCUCUGAAAGCUAGAGAAUCGCUGACGAUCUGUGUGUGCACCGUCCCUUGUACAUAGAGAGCUAUCUGUGCGCA